AUGGAAGACAGCGCUGUCAAACAGAUCCAGCUUGCAAGGGCCCAUCGCUUGGGUCAAUGGCGCGGGAAAACACCUCGAGGCCGUCCCAUUGUUUCCAAACUCCUAGAUCCCAGGCACAAGAUCACCAUCAUGGGGAAGGCCGGGGAACUGAAGGGAACGGGACUGGGUUUGACGGACCAGUUCCCCGGCGAAAUCAUGCGGCGCCGCAAGUUGCUCCAACCGGUGCUAGCAGAGGCAAGGGCCGCUGGUCGAAGAGCCAAAAUAUCCAUCGAUAAACUGUACAUUGACGGCGAACUCUACCGCAAUUCUAAAAUCACGUACUGGCUCACCGGGGGAGACGACGCGGAACCAACAGAGAAGCAUGAGGUAAACACGGUCGCAACUUGA